AUGACAUAUUGUUCAUGGAAACUACCUCUGGCCCGCUCACCAGCGUACUCGGUUCUGAUUGGUUCCCCGGUGGACACGCCCCCUCCCGGGAGAACGCGGCCUCUGAUUGGUUUGCCCUUACCCGGGCGGACAUGGCCUCUGAUCGGUCGACCCUCGCGAUGCCCAUCGCUGAUUGGUGUGAGCCGUCGGCCCCGCCCCGCCCCCGCCGCGCCGGUUGGUCGGAGUGGAAGCUCCGUGCGGCUGUGUCGGAGUCUCGCGGCGGGUCCCCUUGGCGGGUGGCGAAAGCCGCUGGUGCACGGCCCCCGGGUGUCGCGAGCCAUGGCGCUGAGCUCGGCGAUGCCGGCCCGCGGGCUGCACGCGACCUGCCUGGUGGUGAUGGUGCUGUCCGGGGUGCACCUGGCCGUGACUCUGCUCUACUACCUGGACAUGCACGUCUACAGCGGGCGGAUGGUGCGGCGCUUCGGCAGCUUCCUGGUGGAGGACGGGGCCGGCACCGCGGAGGGCCCACUCGCCAACAGCACCAACAGCAGCUACAGCGUCGAGUACCACACUCCCCGGAGUCCGCCGCCAUCGCCGUUACAGCCGUGCCCGGAUACCCCGCCGCAUCUCGUGGGACCACUUUCAAUAGAAUUUUCUCAGACUGUUGAUCUGGAAGAUGUGAAAAAUACUAAUUCAUUGUUAAGGGAAGGAGGCAGAUUUACUCCAGUCGAGUGUACAGCUCUCCAGAAAGUUGCCAUCAUCAUUCCUUUUCGUAAUCGAUUUGAGCAUUUGAAAUAUUGGUUGUAUUUCUUGCAUCCAAUUCUUCAGCGGCAGCAACUGGAUUAUGGGGUGUAUGUCAUUAACCAGCAUGGUGAAGACACUUUUAAUCGUGCCAAACUUCUCAACGUAGGUUUUAUGGAAGCUUUGAAAGAAUACGACUACAACUGCUUUGUAUUCAGUGAUGUCGAUUUGAUUCCCAUGGAUGAUCGAAAUAUAUACAGAUGUUACAGCCAACCAAGGCAUCUGGCUGUAUCAAUGGAUAAAUUUGGUUUUAGGUUACCCUAUCAUCAGUACUUUGGAGGAAUAUCAGCUUUAAGUAGAGAACAGCAUGAAAAAAUUAAUGGGUUCCCAAAUGAUUACUGGGGCUGGGGAGGAGAAGAUGAUGACAUCUACAACAGGAUAAUUUUCAAAGGCAUGAGGAUUUCACGUCCAAAUGGCGGCAUCGGGAAAUGCCGUAUGAUCAAACAUAACAGAGAUAGAAAUAAUGCACCUAACCCUCAGAGGUUUAACAGAAUUUCUAAAACAAGACAGACAAUGCAGCAUGAUGGUUUAAAUUCACUCAAGUAUACAGUGUUAGAGGUCAAGAAAUAUCCUUUAUACACCUUUAUUGAUGUGGAUGUCGGUGGGCCUGGAAGACAACCUUCAGGAUAAGUGGCGAAGAACUCAGUUCUUAAAUUGAAGAGCCUUUCCCUUCAUACUGACUACCAUAUGUGCCUUAUUAAUUUACUUUUGUGUGCUACGUUUUCUCCUUGUUUAUCAGAGAUAAAGUUGAACUCAAAUUGCCACUCAGAUUUCAUCAUGUAAACUCCAGAAACUUGAACAUUUCAUUGAGUGGACAAUUUCAGAAUUACGCUGUUAUUUCAAAAACACUUUUGAAGUCUGAAUGCAAGAAUUAUCCUCCAUUAUGUUUUCAAAACCAGGUGUGACUUUCAGGCUCUCGGGAACACUGUCACUGUUUUAAAUAUGUUGCUUUUUCAGUCAGUCAUCAGCUGAGGUGUGUGCUUUUAUUUCACUUCGGAUUGCCUUUGAAACUUGCGUAAUUUGUGUGCCCACACUGACUUCUGAGAAUGUGAUAUCUGAAAUGUGAUUUGGACUCAGCAAAGGCAAGCUGUCUAGUUGUCAAUGAAUUGCAUUUCACUGUUCGACUGAUUUUGGCUAAGAUGGUUGAAGUUUCUCCAAACAACAUAGAAUUUGAAGAGUAAUGUCCCAGCAGAAUUCAGCUAUACAUUGUGAAUUUGCAUGUUGUGGAAAUGACUUCAGCUCACUGGGGAUCCUGACUAUGGAAUUAACAACUAGAUUAUGUUGGUAAAAACAAACUGCAGAUGCUGGAA